ACCUGUGUCUCGUCUGUGUCUCUGCCCAGGUGGGGAGGAAGACGACAUGUCUACUGAGGAGGUUCCGUCCCCAGAGACAGUGGUGCGCAGCGAGACUGUCUCCCAGGGGGAAUCCAGCAGCACUCCAGCCACAGGAGGACCCAAGCUCCCCGCAGAGGCCCCAGGGGGCCGAGAAGAUCCACAGGACAGCAAAGCCUCCAACCUCCUGACCUGCGCGGUGUGCAGCGUCCCCUUCGAGACCCGCAAGGGGCUAUCGAGCCACGCCCGCUCACACCUGCGCCACCUGGGCGUGGCUGAGUCUGAGAGCAGCGGGGCACCCAUAGACCUGCUCUACGAGCUGAUGAAGCAGAGAGGCAAGCUGGAGCCCCUGCCACCUCCCCAGAGCGGCACGGCCAAGAAGCAAGCAUCCACAGCUGGGGCCGCGGGAGCCACAGCAGCCAAGGGUGCGGAGGAGCCCAAGCUAGCCAAACUGGGAUCCCCAGCAGCCUUCUCUCCCAAGGUGCCGACCCCCACGCCCUCCCCGGUGCUGAAGAAGGCCCCCGUGUCGUCCCUCCUGCCCAGUGCAUCGCCUCUCAGGGCUGGGGAGCAGGAGAAGGGGGUCAAACCAGCAGCAGCAGGGACCCCCGGAGCCACAACACCCAAACCGUUCUGGGCACCCCAGGAGGACGAUGCCCCUCUCAACCUUACUGUGGACUUGGAUGCAAACAAAGACAUUGUGUGCCAGCUGUGCGGCGCCUGGUUCGAGACCCGCAAGGGGCUGUCCAGCCACGCCCGCGCCCACCUGCGGCACUUCGGAGUGGUGGACGCCGAGACCAAGGGCUCCCCCAUCGACUACCUGCACGAACUCAUCAAGAGGGACGACUUCAAGAAGCGCCUGUCCUCCCUGGAGCCCCUCGACUCCUCCCCGCCGCCUCCCCUCAAGCGCCCCGGCCCGCAGGGCCUGAAGAGCCCCCACGCCCACCGGGGCUCCACCCUGCCUCCCCCGGCCAAGAAGCCAAAGAGGUCCCUGCAGGUGUUCCAGCUGCCGUCUGGUCAGCUGAGCCCCAUCGCACACAACACUCUGAAGGAGAUCGGCUGUGAGUUCUGUGGCGAGUACUUUGAGAAUCGCAAGGGCCUGUCCAGCCACGCCCGCUCCCACCUGCGGCAGCUCGGCAUCACGGAGUGGACUGUGAACGGCUCCCCCAUCGACACCCUCCGCGAGCUGAUCAAACGCAAGGGGCUGCCCUCUGCCCUGCCCUCCCCCCAGCCCCCCACCCCUCGGGUCGCAGGGCACAAGCUGCUCUCCAAGCCACAGCGCCACCUCUCCCACCCUCCCCGGCCUCGCCUGCCCUCACCUCCCAGCGCCCCUGCACCUGGCUCACCUUCCCCUUCACCCAGGUCCCCCGCUCACUGCACCCCUCCCUCGCCCUCCCCCUCGCCCAGCCUGCUCAGGAGGCUUCCCUUUGGUCUGGGGCAAGCCAGGAAAAUUCUGACCAGUCUGAAGCCAGAGCCGGUGUGCCUGGAGCUGGGCAGAGAGCUGGGGGGAGUGGGAGGGUUCCGCAGCGAUUCCCUGCAGGGGCACCGUGACUGGGCUGGACCGGACAGCGUCCUGCCUCUCAACCUGGUGGCAGACAGGGAGCCGGUGCGCGACAUCCGCUGUGAAUUUUGUGGCGAGUACUUUGAGAACCGCAAGGGUCUCUCCAGCCACUCCCGCUCCCACCUGCGGCAGAUGGGAAUCACGGAGUGGACUGUGAACGGCUCCCCCAUCGACACGCUCCGGGAGAUCAUGCACAAGAAAGGCAAGCCCCUCGUCAUCAAGAAGGAGCCCGGGACCGGGGCGGGCUACCGGGGGCCUCCCUGGGAAGAGCGAGGGGGGUACCACCACCAGCACAAACCCUACGGCUCGCCCAGCCCCUCCUCCUCCUCCUCCUCCUCCAAGCCCCAGCUCCAGUCCAGCCCUCCCCGGGUGAUGAAGCCCGGCCUGGGGAGCUCCCUGACAGGCAGGGAGGUGUCCCUCUCCCCCAUCAACGGCAGGGCCCAGGGCGGCUUCUUGUCUCCCCUCGCCAAGAGGCCCCUGCAGGACGACAGGAGCCCCCCGGGGGCCAGUGGGGAGCCAGUGCGCCAGCAGGGAGGAGGCGGUAGCAGCAGUAAGAGCUACGUUCAGUCAGAGCUGUCCUUCAAACCCAAAUCCCUGUCCUCUCCAGAGAAGCCAGCCGCAGCACACAUGCUGCCCGAUGCCAGCUGCGAGCUCUGUGGAUUCUACUUUGAGAACCGCAAGGCCCUGGCCAGCCACGCCCGCGCGCACCUGCGUCAGUUCGGAGUGACGGAGUGGUGCGUCAACGGCUCCCCCAUCGAGACCCUGAGCGCCUGGAUGCGCAGCAAACCCCACAAGGUGGCCGAGGUGCACCGCACCUACAUGCAGGGGGGCGG